AUGUCAAAAACCAGCCUAAAACACAAGGUAGCCAUCAUCGGCUCAGGAAAUUGGGGAUCAACGAUCGGAAAAAUUGUCGCAGAAAAUGCUAAAGAACAUAAGAAGCUUUUCGAGACGACAAUUGUGAUGUGGGCUUUUGAAGAAGACGUUGAUGUCCCCAAUGACCCGGGGCUUUGGGAGAAGCUCGGCGCAGGACCGGUCAAACUAUCUCAUGCUAUAAAUACUGUGCAUCAAAACAUCAAAUACCUUCCCGGAGUGAGGCUCCCGGACAACCUAGUUGCCAACUCCAAUCUACAGGAUACAGUGAAAGAUGCCACCAUUCUCGUCUUCAACCUUCCCCACCAAUUUUUGUCGAUGACGUUGAGUCAAAUCAAUGGCUACCAUAGGCCCUAUGCCCGUGGUAUCUCUUGCAUCAAGGGUGUGGACGUGGCCGACGGAACUGUCACUUUGUACUCAGAAAUGGUCAUGGAGAAGCUACAAAUCUACUGUUGUGCGCUAUCCGGCGCGAAUAUUGCGCCUGAAGUCGUAGCAGAAAAAUUUUGCGAAACCACGAUUGGAUAUGACAGCCCUCCAAUGGACUACAAGGAACGGGAUGGCUCACCACGAGACAAUAGGGUCAAAGUGGAUGAACAGCGCCAAAGCAAUAGCAAGCCCACUCACAUCAAGCUAUCUCCUAUCCCCAAGGAGUACCCUCCUGUGGAGUCUUCUCUCUUGAAGACCCUGUUUGAACGCCCAUACUUCCAAGUCCAUGUCGUCAGAGAUGUUGCCGGAGUCGCGCUUGGCGGCGCACUCAAGAACAUAAUAGCUCUAGCAGCAGGCUUCGUCACGGGGAAGAAAUGGGGAGAGAAUACUAAAGCGGCCAUCGUUCGUAUUGGCGUCCUCGAGAUGGUGGAGUUUGGUCGUACGUGGUUCUCUAAAUCUGUGGAUGAGAGGACCUUUACUGAAGAAAGCGCUGGAAUGGCUGAUUUGAUUGCAUCCUGCAAUGCAGGCCGCAACUACCGGUCGGCCCUUCGCUCGGUGGAGAAAGGCGUCCCCAUUGAGGAAAUCGAGGAAACGGAAUUGGGUGGGCAAAAACUUCAAGGUAUAUCUACUGCUCGAGCAGUUCACGAAUUCUUGAGCAAGGAAGGAAAGCUCGACAAGUUCCCGCUUUUUGCAUCAGUUUAUGAGAUCAUCGAAAAUCAUCAAAGUGUAGAGAAGCUUCCAAGUUUAUUGAGAAAGGAUCCAAAAGCUCAGAACUAG